UGACCUCAGAACACAGGAAGAAGAACACGCCGCGGCGCUCGCUCACGCUGUCCCGUUGGUGGUAACUGGCUGGCUAACUAUCGCUCGGUUGUAGAUCAUGGCUGCUUCAAAGCCAGUCGAGCCGCAGUCCGGGACCGGACUCCCCCGCUGGCAGCUGGCCCUGUUGGUCGGGACCCCGAUAGUCCUGGGAGUCGGGGCGGUGUACCUCUGGAACCGCAGCCGGACGAAGGACGGCAAGCGUAACGGGGAGCGCAAGACGCCAGAAGGCAGCGCCAGCCCGGUGCAGGGCCAAGACGGCGCUCCCCCCGCUAGCCGAGCGCAGGAGAACAUGAGUCCGUCGGAUCGAGCCCAAGCCGCGAAGAACAAGGGAAACAAAUACUUCAAGGCCGGCAAGUACGAGAACGCCAUCCAAUGCUACACCGAGGCCAUCGGCCUCUGCCCCACCGAGCAGAAGACCGACCUGUCCACGUAUUACCAGAACAGGGCGGCAGCCUACGAACAGCAGAUGAAAUGGACAGAAGUUGUUCACGACUGCGGUCAGGCCUUGGGGUUGAAUCCUCGCUACUUGAAGGCUCUGUUCCGAAGAGCCAAAGCUCUGGAAAAGCUAGACAACAAGAGAGAGUGUUUAGAAGACGUCACUGCGGUUUGCAUCCUCGAGGCCUUCCAGAACCAGCAGAGCAUGUUGCUAGCAGACAAGGUGCUGAAGCAGCUGGGGAAAGAGAAGGCCAAAGACAAAUACAAGAACCGCGAGCCGAUGAUGCCUUCUCCUCAGUUCAUCAAAUCCUACUUCAGCUCCUUCACCGAUGACAUCAUCUCACAGCCGCUGCAGAAGGGCGAGAAAAAGGACGAAGACAAGGACAAAGAGGGCGAAGCGGCCGAGGUCACUGAAAGCUCCGGGUACCUGAAGGCCAAGCAGUACAUGGAAGAGGAGAACUACGACAAGAUCAUCAGCGAAUGCACCAAGGAGGUCGAUUCGGGGGGCCGAUACACCGCGGAGGCCCUGCUGCUGCGGGCCACCUUCUACCUGCUGAUCGGAAACUCCACCGCAGCUCAGCCCGACCUGGACCGGGUGAUCAACAUGCAGGACGCCAACGUGAAGCUACGAGCCAACGCUCUGAUCAAGAGGGGGAGCAUGUACAUGCAGCAACAGCAGCCCAUGCUCUCCACACAAGACUUCAACAUGGCCGCCGAGAUCGACACGCGCAACCCCGACGUCUACCACCACCGGGGCCAGCUGAAGAUCCUGCUGGACCAGGUGGACGAGGCGGUGGGAGACUUCAACGAGUGCAUCGUGCUGAGGCCCGACUCCGCUCUCGCUCAGGCCCAGAAAUGCUUCGCUCUGUACAGACAAGCGUACACAGGAAACAACCCGUCUCAGGUCCAGACGGCCAUGGACGGCUUCGAGGACGUCAUCAGGAGGUUCCCCAAGUGCGCAGAGGGCUACGCGCUCUACGCUCAGGCUUUGACCGAUCAGCAGCAGUUUGGGAAAGCGGACGAGAUGUACGACAAGUGCAUUGAGCUGGAACCGGACAACGCUACCACAUUCGUCCACAAGGGUUUGUUACAGCUCCAAUGGAAACAAGACCUCGACUUGGGGCUUGAACUCAUCAGCAAGGCCAUCGAAAUUGACAACAAAUGUGACUUUGCUUACGAGACGAUGGGAACCAUCGAGGUUCAAAGGGGGAAUCUGGACCGGGCGAUAGACAUGUUCAACAAGGCCAUCAACCUGGCCAAGUCCGAGAUGGAGAUGGCCCAUUUGUACUCGUUGUGCGACGCGGCGUACGCGCAGACCGAAGUGGCGAGGAAGUACGGCCUGAAGCCACCGACGCUGUAACGCCUCGCUUGGAUCCCGGCUGCCAAACUCGCUCCACCCAAACUCCGGAAAUAUGCAACUUCCAUUUUUGAUUUGCCAGAAAAAAGAAAAAAAAAAGUACUGGAUGAUGAAAGGAAAAAGUAAGACCCCUGAGAUAAUAAAUAAAUAUAUAUAUCUCUCAAAGAACGUGUUUACAUCACAUCAAAGGGGUUUUCAAGCCUUUUUAUUCAACUAGAGAAACACUUACAUGGCAGCCCAUGUAAUCCUGUCUAAAUUAAUAGUAAGUAUGCGACAUGUAAGUGAACGGAAACCCGCCCAGUUAGUUGGAAAAGACAAACUGACUUUUAAAUCUACAGAGAUACUGUGAGAGCUUUAUGUAGUUUGAAUGUUCACUCGUUAAUUUAUGCUGAUCUAAAAUGUUGUUUUUUCCCCUCCUGUCAUGUGUAACAUACGCUAUCGGUUCUGAAUGCAAGAUUAAAAGUAUAGUCCAACGUCAAA